AUGUCAGAGAUAACAGUACCUUAUCAAUUAUAUAAAGAGACUACUGAUCUUCCAAGUAGGACCAAGUAUCUGAUCACUCAAGCCUCUUACAAGGCUGUGGCCGAAUCAUCAGAGAUAACAGUACUGUGCGAGUACACUAUAAGAGUGUUCAAACAAUCAUCAUCAGACAACAAUGGUGAUGUGAUCAUACCUCUGAUCUCACAACGUGCCACUAUCUCCCAUUCAUCAAUCACUGUGGACUCUGGUCGCAAUCAUAAUAGCGAUGGAAUAUCUGUUGGCGCAUGUAUUGUGACGCAGGCCAAUGCGCCAGCCUACCAAUUGUACACAUCACAUGCGGGCAUCUACCACGUGAAGCUCACGGUGCACGUGCCCUACCUCACCAUCAAGAAGACGGGAAUGGAGCUGCAGAUCCCCUCGUCGUCCAACAACUCAAUCUCCUUCCAGGUGCCACACGCCAAUGCCAACAUCAAGAUCUUCAACUCGUUCAUGGACGUCGAGGCCACUGACCAAUGGCUGGAGCGCGCCGGCAAGGAGGUGCCCAACUACACGGUCACCUUUGCCAAGCUGCCCAACGAGACAACGUUGCGCGCACAGUGGACCAUCAAGACAGAAACUGCACCCGUCAACAACAACAAUAACAACAAGAUCGACGCUUCCAAGGUACAGAAGCCACCCAAUAUUGUGGUGGUCCAGAACAUCCUUGGCUCAAUUGGCGAGGGUCUGCUCAUACUCAAGUCACAGAUUGGCUACAAGAUCAUCUCUGGCAUUGUAUCGCUGUUCAACAUCAAGGUGGAGCGUAAUGUGAACAUCAUCAGUGUGGACGGCGAGGCUAUCAAGAAGUGGGAGGUGAACGAGCCUGCCGACCCCAAGUCCAGCCACCGCGUGCUCACUGUCUACCUGGACUAUGGUGUCGAGAGCGACUACACACUCACCGUCAACGCCGAGUACAACAUGGGCUCGACUACCGCUGACGUCUCCAUCCCAACAAUGUUCUGCAUUGGCGACGACAUCACCAGACAGCGUGGAUACAUUGCCAUUGAGGCGCGCACCAAUGUCGAGAUCUCCGAACUCUCUUCCAACAGCCUGGAUGCAAUGGAUGUUCAGGAGUUGCCCCGCGAGCUAUCAUCCCUGGCCACCCACCCCAUCCUGUUGAGCUACAAGUUCCUGGACCCAUUGUUCCAGCUGCAGCUUCGUGUCAAGAAGAACCGCGACGUCCAGGUGCUCGUGUCCAUCUGUGAGAGCGCCCACUUCAUCACGACAAUGAGCAACACUGGUAAGACCAUCCAUCAGUACAUCCUGAGCAUCAAGAACACACAGAAGCAGUUCGUGCGCCUACAGGUGCCAUUCAACUUCUGUCUAUGGUCUACCCUGAUGGACGGCCUGCCCAUCCGUCCAAGCUACAUCGACAACCCAGCCUCGCCAGACACACCCUUCCUCCUGGUGCCCUUGCUCAAGGCCGGAAACCCUGCACAGCAUGAUGUCAACAAACCUGUGCAGCUCGAGAUCGUGCUGCUGGAGAAUGAGGUUCGCAACAUCAGUGGACAGAGCGGCCAUCUCCGAUUCACAAUGCCCAAGAUGGAUCUGCCUCUGCGUGCCGCCUAUUGCACACUUUAUCUGCCCGAGAGCAUCAAGGCAGGCAAGUCCGAGGGCAACCUCAAGUGCGUGUCGUACUUCACCUCCGACCCACCACAAUCGAUCACAUCGCCCAACCCGAGCGAUUACCAAGACUAUAGUCGCAACGAUGACAUGGUUAAUAGACGCAGCAGCAUCUCCUACGACAGACACAGCAGCAACAAUUACGCCAACAAAGCCGGCGGUGGACUAUUCAGCAACUUCUCAUCGUACGAGAAGAAGCCAUCACUGAACAAGGCAAGGAAGGAGGGCGGAGUCAAAGGUGGAGUGAUCCCAGUGCGUGUCGAGAUGCCGACCACCAACAACGCGCAUCUCUACGAGCAGAUCCUCCUGUCAGGUGAGAAGGAUCUAAGCUUUGAGCUUCCAUUCAAGCAGUCCAAGGUCAAGGUUGUAAGGUCCAACAACUAA